AUGUUCAAUAGUGGAUUUUCGGAAAGCACAACGAAUAGUGCAGUACUCCGAGAAGACGACCAUGAAGCUUUCGACGUGUUGGUAGAUUGGGUCUACACGAGUAUACUACCACGAGAUGCGGGCUUCUGGGGUCUGGUCGAAGUUUAUGUUCUGGCCGAUAAGAUCUGUCUUCCUGAACUAAUGGACCAAGUGAUGGAUGCAAUCCAAGCCGAGUGUCCGCUCCACCCAUCUGAUGCUUCAAAUAUUUACAACAGACUGCCAAAGGGUUCCAAACUUCGUCUAUUUGCGCUCGAUAUAAUAACGUUCGAAUUUACUAAUCUCAUGCAGCUCAAUAUAACCAAUCUCGUGAAUGUGAACGCAAAGAACGAGGAGUUUGCAUUAGACUUUCUGAUCGGAAUCCAAUGUUAUAUGAGCCGUCGGACGGCUAUUUCCAAUCCAAGGAAGAGCCGUAGCUGUACGUACCACUCUCACAAAGAUGGAAAGUGUACUAGCACAAGAAAAUCGAAAGCUUCAGAUAUGAAAUGA